AUGGAUCGUGAUGGAGAAGAAAGAGCUCUCGUUGAAAAAUUAUCAAACGCAUUCGAGCCCUAUCUCAAGGCACCCCAUGAGUUGGAGAGGAUUCGAGACUCGAUACGUUCAUAUAUGGCGACGCUUAUCGAGGAAAUUUCCCAUGAAAAAUCUGCCGAGGUAACAGAGCGAGAAGAGAAUGGCUCAGGGCCAUUGGUUGAUGGCUUGAGAGGUGAAUAUCUCAAGGCUCUCCGGGCAAAUCUGGCCGCCAGACAUCAAUACGAUGGCAUUGCUUCCCAGGCCGAGAGCCACCUUCCAAACCUAAGCUUGCAGAAUUCAGCAACGUCAAAACAAGACUUAUCAGGGCUCCUGGACCAACAUGUCAAACUGUUACGAGCGCAGAAACAACAUGCGACACUGGUCACUUUGAAGGAUGAGUUGGAGCAUAUCAAGCGCAGGAGACAAGCGGCCGUCCUGGACGUCCGACCAACUCCCGAAAUGGCUUCUACACAGACGAACUCAGAUACCGACAUGACAAUUCUCGCUGACUCAAUUAUCCGGUCUGUAAAAGCUCUUGAGCGCGCCGUUGUACAAGCACAUCGUCAAGAAAACCACGAGAAAACGUCGCUAGAAAACACAAAGUUGGUGGCCUCCAACAUGACCAACACAACUUCUCAGCUGCGUCUUCACGCCCUUUCAACUACGCGGAGAGAGCUGGCAGCCUGGGUCGAGGAGAGCUUGGAGAUGUGUCAGGGCGAGAACAACGAACCGGACCACGUAGAUAUGGAAGAUGCGGAAUUCAACAUUAGUGACUCGGAGCAAAAAAUUGACCAUCAGUACAAUCUGUAUCUUGAAGCACGUCAACGACUCCUCUCCGCAGUCGCAACUUUGAAGGCUCCUCUUCCGGAGACGAGCUCUCAUGGCACGCUCAAUGAGAAAGAAGUCAACCAACUAUCUACAAAUACGAUCUUCACCAGUGAGGGGCACGAUCUGUUGAACAAGGUUGAAAAGGACCUGCUCCCGGCCUCGCAACAACAAAGGGUUUUGCAGGGCCACCUGAGCUUUGCAGACGAACAGUUGGAGAAUGAGAUUUCAGAUACGAUCAACAUGCUUGACAGGCUCCGUGAUGAAAGCCAACUAUUGCAGGCAUUCCCCAUUCUAGCUCAAUCGAGACGAUUUGAACAUGCGACUUCUACGUUCGGAAAGCACUACGUCUCCGAGGUCGAGACCCACGAUCAAAUUUCAAAACGUAUUGGGCCGUGGCUAUUUGCGGCUGAUGCAGCGGAUAUUGCUACCACUGGCACUAUUGCGACGCAUGUGGAACACGGGAAGCAAGCGAUGGACUCUGUUUCGAGGAGUCUGACUGUAUUGCAGCUUCUGAGAGAAGUGAACAUGAGAUGA